AUGAUUAGUAAAACAUGUAAUUCAUUUUUCAAUGAUUUGAUUACAUUUUUGCAUUCGAGAUCUGAAAACUUUAGAGAAAGAACUUAUUUUCUAUUAGAUAUCUCGCAGAUUCAUUGCUCAUUAUUAAGUUUAAAUCUUUAUCAUCAUCAGCUAUGUGCAUCAAUUAUUUUUAAUGCUCCAUAUACUCCACAAUUUGCUUUUGUAGAAAGAGUUAUUAGUUUUAUUAAGCGAAAAUUUAAGAGUAUUCAAGAAGGACUUAUUUUAAACAAAUUAGAAAUAUCAAUUAAUUAUGCUGCUGGAAUGAUAAAUAUGAAAGCAUUAAUGAAAAGCAUUGUUGAAAAAUAUUCUAUAUUAGCUUUAAGGGGUCAAGAUCUAGGAGAUUAA